AUGUCAUUAUCUUAGAGGAUCACAGUGACCCAAAAGGGAAGGGAACUACAGGAAUAACUGAGAGAAUAAAACAGACAACCCUAAAAACCAGUCCAAGUCAAAGAAAGUUAAGAUAGUUUGGCUCAUUUCUUUGAUAAAGAGCUUAAAGCAUAAGACCAGCUAGAUAAUUAUGCAUCUUUAAUGCAAAAUAGGUUAAAGUCUCCAGAAUAAAUUAUCGAAUUUCUUGAGACUAAAUUUUAGAAACAACCUUUAUUUGUUUAAAAGGAAAUGCAGAAGGUAGGAUAAAGAAUCUAUCACUAUGGAAAUAGAGAUAUCCAUUCGCAAGCAGUUUUGCCUUAGUUAGAUUUUAGACAGAAGCAAUACAUGAAAAAUAAAUAUGCGAAUUACAGUGAGAAUAUAUCAUCGAGAUAAUCAAAACAUAGAGUAGAGGAAGGAUUGACAAAAAAAAUUAAUUUCAUGUUGUUUUAGGAAGGAAAGAUAGAGAGAAUGAUCACAAAGUAUGAGAAAUUCAAUGAAAAGGCUAAAUUAAUACCGUAAUAUCGGAAAGACGACAAGAAAGGAGAAGACUUUAUGAAAUAAUUGCUUUAAAGAAUGGAUGCAGGAUAAGAAACAAGAGUGGAAUCCCUUGAAGAAAUAAAAAAAUAGCAUAAAGCAGAAUUAAGUUUACUUGAAUAUUAGAAUCUAUAGAAGGAAAGACUAAGAUAAACUAUGUCAGAUUUGCAUAAAUCAAGAUAUGGUAAAUAUUGGAAUAAACUAAAAUUGUCAUCCACAACAGAUAAAUGA